CUUCACACUCAUCAAGAGGAGGAACGCUGCUGCAGACCAGCAAUGAAUAACACAUCUUGCAAGGCGAUCAGCUUUGUUUUUCCGCAGCAUUUUCUGCCUCCUGUCUUCAUCUUGGUGUUUAUUAUUGGACUGAUAGCAAACGGAUGGGGACUUAUGUCAUUGCGGCACAACUGGAAGAAACUGGGGUGUGUCAAUGUUUUUGUCCUCAACCUCGGGAUUUCAGACAUGCUGUAUCUGCUCACGCUCCCUUUUCUGAUUUCGCACUACCUUAACGGAAGUGAAUGGAUAUUUGGAGUAGUAUUCUGCAAGGUAACAAGAUUUCUCUUUAACCUGAACUUAUACUGCAGCAUCUGCUUCCUCACGUGCAUAAGUGUGUACAGGUACCUGGGAAUCGUACACCCAAUGAAGGUGAUGGGGAGAAUAACUGUGACACACUCUGUCAUUAUCUCGGUCAUUGUUUGGAUUUUUGUGAGCCUUCAAAGUCUUCCAGACAUGUUCUUCCCCAAAAAUGCAGAGAAUGUGACUUUACAAUGUUUUGAUACAACAGCUAAUGAAUAUGUUGAGCAGUACCUGCAGUACAGCCUCAGCUGGACGAUCAUUGGAUUCUGCAUUCCGUCUCUCAUCACGGUGGCCUGCUACGGACAUGUGAUCAUUGUCCUCUGCUGCAAGGAUAAUGUCGACAAAGUCCUCAAGCAAAGAAGCUUGAAACUGUUGAUCAUCUUGAUUAUUCUCUUCUCAAUCUGUUACAUCCCCUAUCAUGUGCUCAAGAACUUCAACCUCUGGUCAAGAGUUCUUUCCAAACACGGAAUAUUCCACAAAUGGUGUGACGGAGUCUACAUCGCUCAACGCAUAUGUCGUGGUCUUGUUUGCCUGAACAGUGCUCUCAACCCUCUGAUUUACCUGCAUGUAAAUGAGGAUAUUUACGCUCAGUUCAGACAGUUGUGCCGGCGAACUCGCCAAGCUACAAAUCAGCUGUCAGCAAACACCCACACUCUACGCUUAAGCACAUUUAGAAAUACAUGAAGUAAUUCUGACACUCAUCCAGAUGUGCAAUUCCUAGUCCAUGUUUUAACAAAUCCGGGAACCCACUCCCAAACUGUAACUGUCAAUAAAUUGCUCAAUAUUUUCAGAAGAA